AUGUCCCUGUUGAAUUUCUGGGACACAACACGUCCCUUGAAACGCCGCCGAACCUCUGAAAAAGAGGAUGCCAUUACAGAUGCAGAGGUCAAACAACCUAGUCCAAGUCCUUCAAUCACGGGAGAAACCCCUGCUGCAGAUAAUUUAGACCAUAUUCCCAACAGUCAGACGGACCUCGAAACUUCCCUUCCCGAGAUUAAAACCGAUGAAGAUGCGAUUGAGGAAUAUGAGGCCUCAAAGGACUCCCAUUUGGGACUACACGUGAGAUUGCGAGAUGGAGCCUGGCAGAAAGGCCAAAGCUCCAUCUACGUUGAUGCUUUCAACCUGGCACUGGAAACUGUGCUAGAUGAGGAAUCCCAUCUGUUUAGCGUGCCCGAAAUGGAAAUAUUCGCUCAAUGGCGGAAGCUGUCCUACGAGUCUCAAUAUCUUUAUGUCCGAUUGUUCCUUCGCAAGACCUCUGCAUGGCAUCGUAUCACCAAAUUGAAUUAUUACUCCGAUAUAUCAGAUUUGUUCUCAGUUGCCGAAGACCUGCAGCGAGACCGGGACCUGCCUGAUUCAGAAGUUGGACAGACAUUCAGGUUUGCAGAGGGAAUUGAAGAAAUAAGAACGCUGGAAGAGGCUUCGUCGCUUCUACUACUGGAAGAAUUGAAGAUAUUUGCGAAAGAGGCCAAAGUUCAAGGCAAAAGCAAAAAGGAGCUUGUGGCAGCUCUUUGCGAAACGAGCCAGAUCCAGACCGGUCUCAAAGGCGCGGAUAAUAGAGAUGCUCAUUUCACCCAGAAGAUAUUGGAAUACACAGGUGAAUGUAUCAGGCUUUCAUCAGUACCUCGCGCCCUCUUCGAGCGAGUACACCUGGUCUUCUACCGCUCCACAGAAUGGACCGAAAAGUCCCUCACAACCAUUAUCCUGGCCAAAAUGACCAAAAGAAACUUCCCUGAAUACAUCGUUUGCCGCUCGAAUUCCAUCUUCGCGUCCAGAGAAGCACUAUUGGAAUUCGAGUCAGCCAUACAAACUCAAUUUACCGUUGACAACAUUCUCGAAUUCAAUGGCCCGCCCGCCACAGAAUCACUUCAACAUAUCAUUGAUCUAGCGAACAAAUUCCACCCUCGAUGGAAAGAGCUAGUUAAGCAGGAGCAACAGAAAGAAGACAGUAUUUACGAAAGCGGCGAAGGCGCCUACCUCCGUCGCUUUUCACCAGCAUGGGUGCUCACAAGAAUCAUCCACAAAAGUCUCCAGCCGCUCGCUCGGUUCAAGGAGCAUAAACGCGAGCAUGAAGUCCUUGAAGAACUUCUUUCCCAGCGCCUCUUCCACGCUGCACGCCGCGGCGCUUGGUACCAACGUAAAGCAUUACUAGAAGAGCAUUACAUGUGGGCGCUUACAGCGGCCGAUGGCCGCAGCGAGGAGGCCCAGCGCAAGUACUGGAAGAGAAUUGCACUACGGACUUGCGAAGCGGGGUUGGAAGACCCUCUGUGCCAUUUGAUCUUUCACUAUGACUUACAGAAGCGAAUCACUAAGUUGGAAAAGGCGCUUAGGGUAGUCAAGCGCGAGCAGCAUGAGUUCGGGCAUGUAAUGCUUGGGAAACCAGCCGAGCGAACGAUUGAGGGGAUCCGUGUGGAUACGGACGAUCUUCCCCGGAAAGGAGAAUCAAAGAAAGGCAAACCGACUAUCUGGAUCGAUGAGAGAGAAGGGGGCGAGUGUAGGGUUGAGAGUAUGUGCUUGAGCUGGUAUCGCGACCAAGGCUGGAAGGGAUAUCACUCCGAGGGUGGUAUUGUGCGGACGCUGUUUGGUUACCUCUUCUACGACAUACUUUUCACGUACGUGCCGAACGUCUUCCAGACGGCAUUCCAGACCUGUCCGCUUGAUCUGCACACGGAUGUAUUCUAUCCGUCUCGCGCAUCGGAGAUCAACCACCGCUUGGUGGAGAUUACGAAUGGCGAUGCAGAGCGCAUUGUCCGUGAGAUCCAUGGUCUGCACUCGGAUGCGCAGCCCUGCGUUGUUGGACUCGAUUGGUCUUUUGAUCUGGAGGACUUGGUGGAGAUCGUGCAGUGCUUCCGCGGCGAGGCGCUUGCUACUAUCUGUAAGGUCAUGGCGCAGGAGUACCAGCAGCGUGGCGGAGGUAUCCCGGACUUGUUUCUCUGGAAUUAUGAGACAAAAACUGUGAUGUUUGCUGAGGUUAAGUCGGAGAACGAUCGUUUGAGCGAUACUCAGCGCCUUUGGAUCCAUAUCUUGUUGGCGGCGGGUGUCAAAGUUGAGCUUUGUAAUGCUGUUGCGUCGAAUCAGAUCAAGGGUUAG